AGAGGUGAAAUUAACAGCGCCAGCAGCAGCUUGUUUGGACUUAAAACUUAUUAUACUUUAGUAGUUUCUGUAAAAAUGUCUUCAGUUCAGCGUCUCAGGGAGUUUAUCCGAGAGCGACUAACUGCUGCUGCUGAAGAAAUCUUCACAGAGGUUGAAAAAAACAUCAUCCGCCACGAGGAAGACAUCAGACUGAUGGAAACCUGCUGGAACCCGCAGAUAAAACUCCACAGAAUCGAACUCUCAAAGCAACAUAGCUGUAAGGAGCAGGAGAUCCAGAAGAACCGACCAGAACCAGAACCUCCACAGAUUAAAGACGAACAUCAGGAACCAGAACCACAUCAGGUUAGAGAUGAACAGAUGGAAUCAGAACCUCCACAUAUUAAAGAUGAACAUCAGGAACCAGAACCUCAUCAGAUUAGAGACGAACAGCAGGAACUAGAACCUCCACAGAUUAGAGAUGAAAAGCAGGAACCAGAACCUCCACAGAUUAAAGACGAACAGAUGGAAUCAGAACCUCCACAGAUUAAAGACGAACAUCAGGAACCAGAACCUCAUCAGAUCAGAGACGAACAGCAGGAACUAGAACCUCCACAGAUUAGAGAUGAACAGAUGGAAUCAGAACCUCCACAGAUUAAAGACGAACAUCAGGAACCAGAACCUCAUCAGAUUAGAGAUGAAGAGCAGGAACUAGAACCUCCACAGAUUAGAGAUGAACAGCAGGAACCAGAACCUCCACAGAUUAGAGAUGAACAGCAGGAACCAGAACCUCCACAGAUUAGAGAUGAACAGCAGGAACCAGAACCUCCACAGAUUAGAGAUGAACAGCAGGAACCAGAACCUUUACAGAUUAGAGAUGAACAGCAGGAACCAGAACUUCCACAGAUUAGAGAUGAACAGCAGGAACCAGAACCUCCACAGAUUAGAGAUGAACAGCAGGAACUAGAACCUCCACAGAUUAGAGAUGGACAGCAGGAACCAGAACCUCUACAGAUUAGAGAUGAACAGCAGGAACCAGAACUUCCACAGAUUAGAGAUGAACAGCAGGAACCAGAACCUCCACAGAUUAGAGAUGAACAGCAGGAACCAGAACCUCCACAGAUUAGAGAUGAACAGCAGGAACCAGAACCUCCACAGAUUAGAGAUGAACAGCAGGAACCAGAACCUCCACAGAUUAGAGAUGAACAGCAGGAACUAGAACCUCCACAGAUUAGAGAUGAACAGCAGGAACCAGAACCUCCACAGAUUAGAGAUGAACAGCAGGAACCAGAACCUCCACAGAUUAGAGAUGAACAGCAGGAACCAGAACCUCCACAGAUUAGAGAUGAACAGCAGGAACCAGAACCUCCACAGAUUAGAGAUGAACAGCAGGAACCAGAACCUCCACAGAUUAGAGAUGAACAGCAGGAACCAGAACCUCCACAGAUUAGAGAUGAACAGCAGGAACCAGAACCUCCACAGAUUAGAGAUGAACAGCAGGAACUAGAACCUCCACAGAUUAGAGAUGAACAGCAGGAACUAGAACCUCCACAGAUUAGAGAUGAACAGCAGGAACCAGAACCUCUACAGAUUAGAGAUGAACAGCAGGAACCAGAACCUCUACAGAUUAGAGAUGAACAGCAGGAACCAGAACCUCCACAGAUUAGAGAUGAACAGCAGGAACCAGAACCUCCACAGAUUAGAGAUGAACAGCAGGAACCAGAACCUCCAAAGGUUGGAUCUGAGGAGCCACAGCUGCUGACCUUCCUCACCCAAAGCGGUCAGCAGCUACAUCAGUUGUUAUCGACCUGUAAGACCGACACCUUUAUGGACCCGCUGACUUACUGUCAAAAUAUCUUCAGUCCAUCAGAACCAACAAGUUCAUCAGAACCAAUCAGUCCAUCAGAACCAAUCGGCCCAUCGGAACCAGACCCUAAGAAGCUCCACUUCCAGAACUCUUCUGAACCUCAGCACAGUUCUAUUGAGCUUCUGACUCCAGAUCCUGGACAGAUUACCAUGGAACCAAAACAUCCUCCUGUUGGUCAGGACCAGAAGGAACUCCACAGAAGUUGGGCAGGAGAAGAACUUUGGACCAGAACCUCUCAGAAAUAUGACGGGCUAACAGCAGAACCAGACUCUAAGCAGCUGAACCUUCAGAACCUGCCUGAGGAGCAGAAGAGUUUCAUUGAGCUGAAAAGUUUUUACUCAUGUGUGAGUCCAGAUUCUGAAAUGAUCCAAGAGGAACCAGAACCUGCACUUAUUGGACAGGAGCUGAGGAAGUUCUGCUGCAGUUGGGAGGAAGAACUAUUGAUCAGAACUUGUCAGGAACAUGACUGGUCCAAAGCAGAACCUGAACUGCUUUACUACCAGAACUCUCCUGAGGAUUCUCACAGUUAUAUUGAACUGCAGGGGUUCUACCCGGGUUUGAACCCAGGUUCUGAUUGGAGGAACCAGGAAAUCUAUGGACAAGAACCUUUUCAACGUUGGGAGGUAGAAAACCUUGAAGGCUUCACCUUUCCGGAACAUUUCUGGUUUAAUGCAGAACCAAACACUGAGCAGGAAGAUCCAUCUCACACUCAGGACUUUAUUAAGUGUUCUGUGUGUGGCGUGGUGGGGAAUUCUCCAGAUUUGAAUCAGCAUCCAGGCGUGAAGCCAUACGUCUGCAGACACUGCAUAGAACUUUCAGUGGAAUGUUCCCGUCUGAUGAGAGACCACUCGGAUGCUCACCAGACUAAGCAUCCGGAAGCUCGGUACAGUACCACACUCAAAAGCAGAAAGAAGAAGUUCUUCUGUAACGCAUGCAGACGAGGCUUCGCUCAGCUUGCUUCUUUAAAAUCCCAUAAUAAGCGACUCCACCAGGAGCAGCCCGUCUGUGAAACUUGUUGGAAACAUUUCAGCAGCCCUCCUUCACUCAAACGUCACAUGAAAAUCCACCAGAGAAGACGCGUGAAACCGUUCUGCUGUCGGCUCUGUAAGAAAAGGUUUUGUUUUCGCUCAGGCAAGAAAGCCAAUAUGAAAAGGCACAAAGGAAAGAAACUCAUCUCCUGUAAAAGGUGUGGGGAAAAGUUUAUUCAGAGAAACGAGCUUCUAAACCAAGUAACUCACUCAGGUUCCCAUGAUAAAGGAGGAGCCGCCGCCCACCUGAGAACAGCUGGGAAGCUCCACCCAUGUCAGACAUGUGAGAAAAGCUUUCCCACAGGGAGGGGGGUGAAAGCUCAUGAGAAACGGAGAUGCUGUCGGGGAAAAGUUCAGCCUUAGAUGGAGGUUUUUCUGCUCUGUUCCAUCCUGAGUGAAACCACAUUCCUGUCACAUGUUAAGAAUAGUUUUCUCAUGUUUCUGUAUUAACAAAAGGCUUUUGUUUAAUGUUUUGUUUGUUAGUUUCCAUCCAGGGACUCCAUCAGCUCCGUUCAGAGCUCUGAUUGGUUGUUAAAGUUCUGACCUCAAGUUUUCUGUUGGGACGUCAUCUUCUGGACUGGAGGGUUUUUAUCAUGUUGGUUUUGUUGUUAUACAAUGCUGUAUUUUUAUAGUUUGAUUCAGUGGCUGAUCUUCACAGGAUCAGAGUUUAUAAUAAGUCAUUUAGAUCAUUCAAUCUAAUCUGUUGUUGAGUUCAAAAUAAAAAUGAUA